GUUACUAGAACUGUAGUGGGUUCUAAACGGAUUCUAAACGACAUGUCAAUGUUUCUUGUAGUGGAGGUAGCGCUGGAGGAGGACCACCCAGUACAGAUCACCACGGUGAAUGAAGCUGACAUAACGAACGCCAUCAACGGAAUCCUGAAGGCGGCGGAGCACCAAGCAGUGGAGGGCCAAAGUGAGGUUGUAACUGCAGAAACCCAGAGCCAUGUGGGGAGUGGUCCCAGUCCAUCAACACGGAAGUGGAGUUCAAUAUGGACUCACUAUGAGCGCCUGGAGGACCAGAAGCGAGCUCUGUGUUUAAUAUGCUUAGAGAAGAUUCAGCACCAUAGCAGCACCAGCAAUCUGCAUCGCCACUUGUCCAAGAAGCACCCAGACGCCCAUGCACGCAUGGAAAGUCACAGCAAGAAACGCCUCUCUAAAGGUGCAUACAGCACCCCUGUCAAAGAAGGCCAAGCCAAGCCCAUGGGGAAGAUGAGAGUGUCAGAGAAAUAUCAAGACAUGUUUGAUGGCGAGGUGCGUGUGUUGGAGCGUGAGCGCGAGCUGACGGAAGCUCUGAGGAAGGCGCAGCAGCAGGAGGCGCGGGCACUGGAGCAGCAGAGGGAACUCCUGGACGCUCUGAGACGAGCCAACACCAGGGAGGCCGCCACCGAGAAGGAGGAGCUGGAGGCUCUGAGACGAGCUCAGGAGCAGGAGGCCCGCGCCCUGAGGAGAGAGAGGGAGGAGGCGCAGAGGGAGAGAGCAGAGGUGCUGGUGGAACGGGAGAGGCUACGAGAGGAGAGGGAGGAGCUGGAGCGUCUACGGAGGGAGGUUGGGGUGGGACGGGGCCAGCUGGAGGAGCAACCCACAGGGCUGUUCCAGGAACAGGGAGCGGUGAUGGCCAAGGAGACUCAUGGUUAGGGGGACGUGAACCCUCAGAUUGUCAACAGUGACCUGAACCCUGGCUGCCAUGUCCACAUUCUCCCAUGUUAUGAAGUCUGGAUUUAGAACCCCUCAUCCCUUUAUUUCAAAGGGAGGAAGAGGGGGUGGAAGCCUAUGUCGCAGUUCUCAAGAUGUAAAAAUAUUUUGUAACUUUUUUACAGUAUAUAUAAGCCUGUAGUAUGUUCUUGUUUAAGUUAAGGAGGGUCUGUACCUGUGAGUUUUGCCCAUUCAUUCCCCCUUACAAUAAACAAAUGGCUGUGAAAAUGGGACUU